AUGGCCCCGAAAGAGGAUGCGCUGCCCCCUGGCUGGGAUGAUCUUGACAGGCAGAUGGGGCAGCUUUUCAUGAUGGGCUUCGAUGGAACGACGGUCAGCCCUCAGAUUCGUUCUCUCAUCCAGAAGUAUCACAUAGGUUCAGUCUUGUUAACCGCUAAGAAUUUGAAAUCUGCAGAGGACGCAACCCGGCUAAUUCUGGAGCUGCAAACAAUUGCUCGCGAUGCCGGCCAUCCUGUGCCGUUACUUAUAGCUCUGGACCAAGAGAAUGGUGGAGUUAACAGCUUAUAUGACGAGAUUUAUAUUCGACAGUUUCCAAGUGCAAUGGGUAUUGCGGCUACGGGGUCAAAAGACUUGGCCCAUGACAUUGCUUUUGCUACGGCUCAAGAGCUCAAAGCCGUCGGGUUCAAUUGGAUCCUAGGGCCUGUGCUGGACGUAUUGACGAAUGUACGGAAUCAAUUGAUGGGCGUCCGCACCUGCGGUGAUGACCCGCAGGAGGUGUCCCAGUACGGGGUAGAGUUUAUGAAAGGUUACCAGCAGGCCGGCCUAUCAACUUGCGGCAAGCAUUUUCCUUCGUAUGGGAACCUGGAGUUUUUAGGGUCUCAGACCGACGUGCCCAUCAUCACGGAGUCUUUAGAACAGCUCAGUUUGACCGCAUUGGUUCCAUUUCGGAACGCUAUCAUGAAUGGUCUUGACGCGAUGAUGGUGGGAGGCGUUUCCAUGUCCUCCGCCGGAGUCAAUGUCAUGCAUGCUUGUCUAAGCGAGCAGGUUGUUGACGACCUCUUACGGAAGGAUAUGAAAUUUGAUGGAGUCGUGGUUUCGGAAUGUCUGGAGAUGGAGGCGCUCACCCAUAACAUUGGCGUAGGAGGCGGGACAGUGAUGGCCAAAAACGCCGGCUGCGAUAUAAUACUAUUGUGCAGGUCUUUUCAGGUGCAACAAGAAGCCAUCAACGGAAUGAAGCUUGGUGUGGAGAACGGCAUUAUCAACCGGACACGAAUAGAGGAAUCGCUACGGAGAGUGUUGGCCAUGAAGGGGAGAUGCACUUCCUGGGAACAGGCUCUUAACCCUGGGGGGCUGCCUUCGCUCACUCAAAUGCAGCCAUCGCAUACGAGUCUCUCAACAAGAGCUUACAGCAAUUCCAUCUCAGUCGUGCGCGAUAACAGAAACCUGUUACCGCUGACCAAUGUCUUAUCUUCCAACGAGGAGCUGCUUCUUCUGACACCGUUAGUAAAUCCUUUGCCUGCCUCCGCCGUAUCUCGCUCAGUGACUGAGCAUCUGGAGCUGUCGGCGGAUGCGGUAGCCUGGGAUAGGACGGCUUCCGUACUCAGUGGCGAGAGCGUCUUUAAGGAAUUGGGGAGAUCGCUUUCGCGUCACCGAAACGGUCGUGUUCUGCAUACGUCCUACACCUCGAAUGGCGUCCGUCCGAUCCACGAGAGUUUAAUUGACCGUGCCAGUGCCGUGAUUGUCAUCACCGCAGAUGCUGUCAGGAACAUUUACCAGCAAGGUUUUACAAAACAUGUGUCUAUGAUUUGUAAGUCGCAGUUGACUCCAUCAGGCGAACCACUCGAUAAGCCAUUAGUUGUUGUUGCCGUUAGUUCACCUUAUGAUUUCGCCAUGGAUGCAAGCAUUGGGACUUACCUUUGCACAUACGAUUUCACGGACACGGCCCUGGAAACCUUGGUCAAGGUUCUUUAUGGAGAGCUGACGCCUACGGGGUCAUUGCCGGGUUCUUUCAAUCGCAGUCAGAAGCUCCACCAGGCAAGACAACAUUGGCUUGUGGAAAACUGGAACGAGGAGAGAGAUUCCGAUGCAUUGGACGCGCUUCUGAAGACGAUGGGUCCGGAACUCUCUGGUGUGACGCCCAGUAGCUUUCUUCUGCGGAGAGACGACAUUGACGAGGCUCACUUUGUUGUCCGAAACAGCACCACUCGGGCCCUCUACGGCUUCUGUUCAACCUACUACUUCCGGGCCACUGGCACGGGGGUCAUCGGAUCAUUGAUUGUCGACCCAUCGCGGCGCAGGCUCUCGAUUGGGAAUUCCCUCCACAACCGCGCUAUCCGAACGCUUAUGCAACGAAAAGGGAUGAAGCGGUUUCAACUGGGGUCCCGUCUUCCAGGGAUUUACCUGGGCAUACCCGCCGCUAACCCUGUCGAAAGAAAGAAACGGCGGCAGUGGUUCGCAAAUCUGGGCUGGAACACCGCCCUCUCCCGCCCUGUCUGCAAUGUCGCUCUCCGCAACUUGCAAACUUGGUCUCCGCCUGAGGGCCUAGUCAACAGCCUACAGAGCGCAGACGCGGUUUACGAUCUUGUCCACGGAUGGGACUAUGCUGACUCGAUCAUUGACCAUGUCAAGACCAACUCCAGACAAGGAGUAAUUGACAUAUACAAAAUUGCCUUGGGCGGAGCACCGCAUUGCGGCAUUAUCAGGGCAAGAAGACCACACGACGGGGCUAUUCUCGGCAGCGUGGUUAUCUAUAACAUGCAGGCGACGCUGGCGGAGCACAUGCCCGCUACGAAGGCCAUGCAUGUGCCCACAGGGGGAAUUUCGUCCCCCGUAAUAUGGCCUUCGGUCGGAGAAUACGCAACACUUUUGCAGGGGUUGAUCCUAUUAGGAAUCAAGCAGAUACGGAGACAGGGCGCUGAUGCAGUUGUUAUAGAUUGUGUGGAUGUCGACAGCAACUUUGACUGGCUUACAGAGAUAGGAUUCACCACUUUGCAUAGCUAUGAAGAAGUCAACUGUGACGCGGCGACGUGGACAAUGGUGCCUGGGCCUUGA